AUGCAGAUCGUAAACUGUUUCGCAGCUGCCAUCGUGCUUGGCUCGGCCAGCGCCACUCGUAGCUUCCAAAACGCUUCUACUGCCUAUCCAGAGUAUGGCUUCCCUUUACUCUCGGAUGCCAACAACACUGAGUUGCUGUUUCCCCAGCCAGCAUGCCACGGCUUCGUGAUUGCAGAAAAGAGCAUUGAAGAACUUCAAGAGUACAUGAGCUCUGGGAACCUCACCUCGGUUCAACUCACGACCUGCUACUUGCAGAGACUUUUCCAGACUCGUGACUACAUCAACCCUAUCAUCGAGAUCAACCCUGAUGUCUUCGAAAUUGCUGCAGCCAUGGACGAGGAGCGCCGACAUGGCAAAGUCCGUGGUCCUCUGCAUGGCAUUCCAUUUGCGGUCAAAGACAACAUUGCCACCAAGGACAAGAUGCAAACGACUGCUGGAUCAUGGGCUCUCCAAGGAUCUAUUGUGCCUCGUGACGCCCACGUAGUAGCUGGGCUUCGUGCAGCUGGUGCCGUACUGUUCGGCAAGGCUACUCUGUCUGAAUGGGCUGACAUGCGCACCAACUACUACUCAGAAGGCUACUCUGGUCGUGGCGGUCAAUGCCGUAGUGCUUACAACCUGACUGUCAACCCUGGAGGCAGCAGUUCUGGUAGUGGUGUUGGUGUAGCAGCCAAUGUCUUCCCUUUUGCUCUCGGUACUGAGACUGAUGGCUCUGUCAUCAAUCCUGCUCAGCGCAAUGCCAUUGUCGGUUUCAAGCCCACCGUUGGAUUGACUUCUCGUGGUGGCGUUAUCCCUGAGUCCCUGAACCAGGAUACCGUUGGUGCUUUUGGCAAGACUGUCCGCGACGUGACUUAUGUCCUUGAUGCCAUUCACGGCGUUGACGUUUAUGACAACGAGACUUCUGCCCAGAUUGGCAAGACACCCCAGGGUGGCUACGCACAGUUUUUGACCAACAGAACCGCCUUGAAGGGAGCCACUUUUGGUAUCCCAUGGAACAGCUUCUGGGUUUAUGCUGAUGCUCACGAGCAAGAGGUUCUUCUUGACCUCGUCUCUUUGAUUGAGUCUGCCGGCGCCACCAUCGUCAACAACACCGAGCUCCCCUACUACGAGACCAUCGUUUCCCCCGACGGCUGGAACUGGGACUACGGAAGCACUCGCGGCUACCCCAACGAGAGCGAGUACAGCUACAUCAAGGUCGAUUUCUACAACAACAUCCGCGAUUACCUGGCCGACCUCAACAACACCAACAUCCGCUCGCUCGAAGACCUUGUGCAGUUCAACUACGACAAUGACGGCACCGAGGGUGGCUACCCUUACGCAAAUGGAAGCGGUAUCCCUGCAUUCUUCUCUGGUCAAGACGGUUUCUUGGCCUCUUUGGCUAGCAAGGGAGAGAAGAACGAGACUUACUGGUCUGCACUCAACUUCUGUCGUCACACCACUCGCGAGGCUGGCAUUGAUGCCGUUCUGGCCAUGGGACCUAACGGAACCAAGCUUGAUGGUCUCUUGGUUCCUCCGGAUGUCGCUCAGGCACCUCAGAUCGCUGCUCAGGCCGGCUACCCUAUGCUGACCUUGCCUGCUGGUACUCACGAGAACGGCAUGCCUUUCGGUCUGGCCAUCAUGCAGACGGCUUUCGCAGAGGACAAGCUUGUCAAAUGGGGUUCGGCGAUUGAAGAUCUGCAGGUCAGCUCUAACACGCCGCACAAGAGAACUCUUCCCCAAUGGCGUGAUUACCUUGUUAGAAACAUCCCUGUCACCUAA